AGGGAACUAACCCUUCCUCUCUCUCCUUGUCCUCAGGUUCAGUGGCAAAUAUGAACAUUUGUCAACAUUCGACAACAGCUCCUUGGGACACCAUGAAUUUGCUGGAAUCUAGACCACAGAACAUUUGCAAUAGCACUUUUAAAUUUUAAUUUAAUUUAAUUUUUUUAAAAAAAUCAUCUGGAUUAAUUACAGUCAUGGCUAGCAAAAGAAAAUCCACGACUCCCUGCAUGAUACCAGUAAAAACACUGGUGCUUCAGGAGACCGAACUGGAUGCUGUAAAAGAUGAUCAUAAAGGAACUCAACAGGAUGUUCCUCCUGAGGUGCCAGCAGUCAGCGAUGCAGGUGCAAGCAACAGUAAUAACAGAGCAUUAUCCAACGGGCACCGUGGUAUUGCUGACAGCGAUACUUAUGUGUGCAAGUACUGUAACUUUGGAUCUCAAGAGCUUCAUCCUUUCAUUGGUCACCUGGACUCUGAGCACUUAGAUUUUAGCCAAGAUCCUGUGUUCGUGUGUGUUGCAUGCAGCUUUCUGGCAAAAAGCCACGAAGGGCUCUCUCAGCACAACGCAGAGUCCCACGCUGGUGAAACAAGCUUGGUGUGGAGCGUGGCUAAGCAGGAUAAGCAAACAACCGUGGAACAAAGUCUCUGUGAGGCCGUCGGCAGCCACGACCCUCCUGGAGAGGUCCCCGAAGAAGCGGCGGAUGGUCAGUCUGAAAUUAUCAUCACCAAAACCCCCAUCAUGAAGAUCAUGAAAGGCAAGCCCGAGGCCAAAAAAAUCCACACGCUGAAAGAGAACCCGUCGAACCAACUGAGCGGCGAGUCGGAGGGGAAGGACACAGAGCAUUCGUUCACAAACGGGUCCGCGCCGGCCAGCCAGCCCCCGGCAAGCUCAGCAAAAUCAUCUCAUGUUGUGAACGGCUCCAUCAUAGGAAACGUGCCUGUUCUGCAGGCUGGUGUUGCACAGCUUGUGUCACUACCACAGCAACCACCAAUGCACCAGCAGCUCCCUACAUCCAAAUCCCUUCCCAAGGUGAUGAUUCCCUUGAGUAGCAUUCCGACAUACAACGCAGCCAUGGACUCUAACAGCUUCCUGAAAAACUCUUUCCACAAGUUCCCUUACCCCACGAAAGCUGAGCUCUGCUACUUGACUGUGGUGACAAAAUACCCAGAAGAGCAGCUGAAGAUCUGGUUUACCGCGCAGAGGUUGAAGCAAGGCAUCAGCUGGUCACCAGAGGAGAUAGAAGAUGCCAGGAAAAAGAUGUUUAACACAGUUAUUCAGUCUGUGCCACAACCCACAAUUACGGUUUUAAACACACCGUUAGUUGCAAACCCUGGCAACGUCCCGCACCUUAUUCAGGCCACUUUACCUGGCCAUGUGGUUGGGCAGCCCGAAGGAACAGGGGGCCUGCUCGUUACCCAGCCCAUAAUGACCAAUGGGUUGAAAGGAACCGGUUCCUCCUUCUCGUUAGCAGUGACCUCGGUUGCCAAGCCCCAGCCCGCGACGCAGCACAGCACCGUGAGCUCCAAUAACGCAUCGACCGUCAAAGUGGUCAACAGCGCCCAGGCCCUGCUCACCGCGUGUCCCGCCAUCUCCUCACAAGCCUUCCUGGACCCCAACAUUUACAAAAACAAGAAGUCCCACGAGCAGCUGUCCGCACUGAAAGGCAGCUUCUACAGAAAUCAGUUCCCUGGCCAGGUCGAAGUGGAGCGGCUGUCAAAAAUUACAGGCCUUUCCGUGAAGGAAAUUCGAAAAUGGUUUAGUGAUAGAAGGUACCAUUACAGGAACGUAAAAGGCGGCAGAGCUGCGUUUGCCGGAGAUACUCUGGAUUCUCUGCCUGAAAUGGCCUUUGACGUGCCACCCAAAGGAGCAGAGCUGGCUUCUACAACAGCAGUGACACCCGUCACUCAUCACCAAACGAGACGGCAAGCCUGGCAUCAAACACCCGACUUCACCCCGACCAAAUACAAGGAGCGAGCGCCAGAGCAGCUGAAGGCACUAGAGAGCAGUUUUGCACAAAAUCCUCUUCCCCCGGAGGAAGAGGUGAAUCGCCUGCGGGGCGAGACCAAAAUGACGCGUAGAGAAAUUGAUAGCUGGUUCUCUGAAAGGAGGAAAAAAAAGGUGGCGGAAGAAAGUAAAAAAAAGGAGGAGGAAGAGGCUGAAAAUGGUUGUGGAGAGGAAGACUCUUCAGAUGACCUGAGGGCCUCAAGUGAAAACGGCUCCAUCGAUGCAUCUACCAACAACCCAAAUUCAGCGGAGCGCAAAGUGAGUCCCAUCAAAAUCAACCUGAAAAAUCUCCGGGUGACGGAGUCCAACGGCAAAGGUGAAGUACCAGGGAUUAGUGCAAACGAGAAAGGGGACGGCAGCCCCAGCCGGCCCCCCACUCCUCCAAAAACCAAACUGAACUUUAAAAAGACCGCCCAGCAGCGGCACUUGCUUAAACAAAUGUUUGUGCAGACGCAACGGCCAACAAACCAGGAAUACGAUGCCAUCGUGUCGCAGACGGGCCUGCCGCGGGCGGAGGUGAUCCGCUGGUUUGGAGACAGCCGUUAUGGCUACAAGAACGGGCAGCUGAAAUGGUAUGAGAACUACAGGCGGGGCAUUUUCCCUCCAGGCGUGGUAGACGUCAGCCCUGCCGGCAGAGAGGUCUUGGAGGACUAUUACAAACAGCACAAGGCGCUGCAGGAGGACGACCUGCCGGGCCUGUGCGAGCGCUCGCAGCUCGCUAGAGCGGCCUGUAAACGUCGACUGUCACUACUGGACCCAUCGGCAGUGGCUAUACAGGUAGGCAGACGGAAUCCUGCCCGCGCCGAGGCCUCGCGCGGGCAGCACGGGGCGGCCUCGCGGGUGCCCCCGGCGGCGCCGAGUCGCGACCGCUGUCAGCGCUGA